CGAGAGAUUCUUGAUAAAUUGAGCAUUAAAGUAAGUCACGUUUCAAACAAAGUAUCUCUUCCGUACAGUUUUUCGCUCGUAACUACGAAACGUAAGAGGAAUUACUCGAAUACCGUUCGCAUCGAUGAAAUUACAGUCUUAUUCUUUACGCUGUUUACAGCGUUGGUUUUCGACGAAAUCACAAGGGAGCCUAAGUACGAUCAAUCUUGAGCAUCUGAGGCCGGAAGUAGUUCUUAGUGAGAAGAAUCGAAAAUCCUUUAUCGAGAAAUUCAAGACUCGUAAAAUGUCAACUAUAGAUGAGAAGGCGAAUCAGGCUGCAGUUUUAGUGCCACUAUGCAUGCACAAAGGGGAAUUAGGUUUUUUAUAUACCCUAAGAUCUACGAAAUUAAGUUCGAAUCGCGGUCAAGUCUCGUUUCCUGGUGGAAUGUACGAUAAGGAAGAUCGUGAUCUGGAAGAAACCGCAUUACGCGAGACCUGGGAGGAGCUUAGAAUUCCAAAAGAGAAAGUCGAUCUUUGGGCCUCUGGCAAUAUGAUUGAUAAGAAGAACGUUAAGGUCUUGCCUGUUUUUGGUUAUAUCGGCGAAAUUGAUCCGGAAAAACUUCACAUCAAUACGAACGAAGUGGAAGAGGCAUUCUUCCUUAGUUUAAGCAAUCUUUGCGAUCUUUCUUUAUGUCGGUACACUCAGUUUCGCGACAGUUACACUUUACCGGUUUAUUUAGGCGGGAAACAUCGUAUAUGGGGCUUCACUGCAGCGAUAACGCACAUAGUUUUAAAUGCUCUUGUACCUGAUGCCUACAAGUAUAAACUUGUUUACAUACGACACAUUUUACCCGAAAAAAAAGAUAAAAGUAUUUGUCAAUCGUGA